AUGGCUCUGGAUACCUCCCACAUCUGGCUUGCCCUUGUCGGUAUUGCAAGCUUUUACGUCCUGCGAUCUAUCUAUCGACUGUAUUUCCACCCGUUAUCUGGAAUCCCCGGGCCAAAACUCGCAGCGGUUACACAUUUGUAUGAGUUCUACUAUGAUGUUGUCAUCCAUGGGAGGUUUCUAUUCCAGAUCGAGAAAAUGCAUCAGCAAUAUGGUCCAAUUGUGCGCAUCAACCCCCGUGAAGUCCAUAUAAGCGACCCAUCCUUCUAUGACGAGAUCUAUGCCUCCAGCACUCGCAAACGCGAAAGAGACCCUCUGGCUUACGGCGCAUUUGCGCUCCCCUACUCUAUGAUCGGUACGAUGGGCCACGAACAUCACCGCUUCCGACGUAAUAUCCUCAAUGAUUUCUUUUCCAAGCGAUCCGUUCUCGCUAUAUCUCCCUUCAUUGAGGAGCGGGUGGAAAAGCUUAGGGGGCGCUUUGAAGGGUUCUAUCGUGAUCAGAGUGUAGUGAAUUUGAGCGAUGCAUUUGCCGCGCUGACUUCGGACGUGAUCACCUAUUACUGCUAUGGAAAGCGCUGGGGCUUCAUUGAGGACAAGGACUUCCGCAGCGAUGUCCAUGGAGGCAAUGAAGAAAAUACCGGGCUUGCCCACUUCAACCGCUUCUUCCCCAUUGUGCCUGAAACAAUGCGCAAAAUUCCGCUGCAUCUGAUGGCGCUAUGUCUCCCCGGCAAGGCCGGUAUGCUCCAGUUUCAGGGUUCCAUUCUAAGCACUAUAUCCGAGAACACGCAUGACAAGGCAUCGGAGAAGGAAGACCGGACCAUCUUCAAAAGGUUGACGGACCCCAACUUACCAGUCGCGGAAAGAAGCCAACGUCGCAUUGAGGACGAGGUGUUUACGCUCCUUGGUGCAGGCACAGAGACCACCGCCAGUACCUUGAUGAUCAUGACCUACUACGUGUCGCGGGAUCGAAGCAUACGAGACAAGCUGCGGAGUGAACUGAAGCAGGUCCUGCCCACACCUACCAGUACAGCGACCUGGCCGGAGUUGGAGAAGCUGCCAUAUCUGACGGCCGUUGUGAACGAAUCUUUACGAUUGUCCUAUGGACUGAUUAUGCGGCUGCCCCGCGUGGCACCGACUGAGACUCUGAAGUACAAGGACUACGUGCUUCCACCGGGGACGCCAAUGAGCACUUCCACUUGGUUUGUCCAUCGCGACCCGUCCCUCUUUCCCGAGCCGGACAGAUUCGACCCGGAGCGCUGGAUCAAGGCUGCAGAGGAAGGGGUUAAUCUAACGCGAUACAUUGUAUCAUUUAUGAGAGGAAGUCGAGCUUGCAUUGGGAUGAAUCUGGCAUACAUUGAGCUCUACCUGACGAUUGCGCAUGUGGUGCGACGGUUCAACUUUGAUGUGGAGAUCACCAGCCCGGAGAUUUGGGCCAUACUACUAGUACUUGCUACUACCAUACAGUCUUAUCAAGCUUGA